UUUUUGUUGGUUUAUUUUUUAAUUAUUUUAUCUAUCAAUAUAAAGUCACUUAUAGCUCAGAGGCGCAGGGAGCGGGAGAGCGGCGGAACGCCUGAGGUGCGGUGGCGGAAGCACUUCCGGUUCUCCUCCCGCCCCGCGCUAUGGGCGUGGCCUCGCCCCCAAAAGAGGCGGAGCGCGCCGCCGCCAUUUCGUGGAGAGAGCGGGGGGCCGGCAGCGCCUGCUGUUUGCUUCAGUCUUGUCCAGAGGAGCCGCCGCCGCCAUCAUCAUCAUGCUCUCCGCCCGUGUGGCUGCCGCCCUCGCUCGCUCCCUGCCGCGGCAGGCCGGUCUGAUUUCCAGAAACACCCUGGGUGCAGCAUUUGUUGCUACAAGAAACAUCCAUGCCUCCAAAACAUGCUUUCAGAAAACUGGCACUGCUGAGGUAUCCUCUAUUCUUGAGGAACGUAUUUUGGGAGCUGACACCUCUGCUGAACUUGAGGAGACUGGCCGUGUGCUCUCGAUUGGUGAUGGUAUUGCCCGUGUGUAUGGCCUAAGAAAUGUCCAGGCAGAAGAAAUGGUUGAAUUCUCUUCUGGACUGAAGGGUAUGUCCUUGAAUUUGGAGCCCGACAAUGUUGGUGUUGUCGUGUUUGGUAACGACAGACUGAUCAAGGAGGGGGAUGUUGUGAAGAGGACUGGUGCCAUUGUGGAUGUUCCAGUUGGGGAAGAGCUGCUGGGCCGUGUUGUAGAUGCCCUGGGCAAUCCAAUUGAUGGGAAGGGUCCUAUUACAUCUAAGACACGUAGAAGAGUUGGCUUAAAGGCCCCUGGGAUCAUUCCCAGAAUAUCUGUGCGUGAACCUAUGCAGACAGGUAUUAAGGCUGUGGACAGCUUGGUGCCAAUCGGCCGUGGCCAGCGUGAGCUGAUCAUUGGUGACAGGCAGACUGGGAAAACUUCAAUUGCAAUUGACACAAUAAUCAACCAGAAACGAUUUAAUGAUGGAACAGAUGAGAAAAAGAAGCUGUACUGUAUCUAUGUUGCAAUUGGCCAGAAGAGAUCUACUGUUGCUCAGCUGGUGAAGAGGCUCACUGAUGCAGAUGCCAUGAAGUACACUAUUGUGGUGUCUGCCACAGCAUCCGAUGCGGCACCCCUUCAGUAUUUGGCUCCCUAUUCGGGCUGCUCCAUGGGGGAAUACUUCAGAGACAAUGGCAAACAUGCCUUAAUCAUCUAUGAUGACUUAUCCAAACAGGCUGUUGCCUAUCGUCAGAUGUCUCUGCUGCUGCGUCGUCCACCUGGUCGUGAAGCCUAUCCAGGUGAUGUGUUCUACCUGCACUCUCGCCUGCUGGAGAGAGCAGCCAAAAUGAAUGAUUCCUUUGGAGGUGGCUCUCUGACUGCCUUGCCUGUCAUCGAAACUCAGGCUGGUGAUGUGUCUGCUUACAUUCCAACCAAUGUAAUCUCCAUCACUGAUGGACAGAUCUUCUUGGAAACUGAGUUGUUCUACAAAGGUAUCCGUCCAGCCAUCAAUGUUGGUCUGUCUGUGUCCCGUGUAGGUUCUGCUGCUCAGACCAGGGCUAUGAAGCAGGUGGCAGGUACCAUGAAGCUGGAAUUGGCUCAGUAUCGUGAAGUAGCUGCCUUUGCUCAGUUUGGGUCUGAUCUGGAUGCUGCCACACAACAGCUGCUGAACCGGGGUGUACGUCUGACAGAGCUCCUCAAACAAGGACAGUAUGUUCCCAUGGCUAUAGAGGAACAGGUUGCAGUCAUCUAUGCUGGUGUAAGAGGUCAUUUGGACAAGCUGGAGCCCAGCAAAAUCACUAAAUUUGAGAGUGCUUUCCUUGCUCAUGUACUGAGCCAGCACCAGGCCCUGCUCUCCACUAUCAGGACUGAAGGGAAGAUUUCUGACCAGACAGAAGCUAAGUUGAAGGAAAUAGUCACAAGUUUCCUGGCUACUUUUGAGGCAUAAACUCUUAACUGUUCAAACAGACCAGGCUGUUGUUGUGACUCCGUGCUCCAGCUCCAUCAAAAGUAUGUGCGACUUGAAUGUACAGAUCUCCAUGAGAAUAAAAGUUUCCAUGUAAAAA